AUGUCAAGCGCAAUUCUGAGCUCAAGCCAAUCUCCACCAAGAGCAACAGCAAACCAAACAAUUGAAAAAGUCAAAGGGGCAGUCGAUGACAACGCCGUGGACUCAAUUGAGCAAGAAUCAGGCUUGAGAUACGCAGCGUACGCGAACAGACUCAGAACCAUCCUCUUAGCCUCGCACAGAUACGUCGCGUACACCUCGGACAUUGGAGAAUCGUUUAGACCCGUGGCCCAUCCAUACCUAGUCAAGUCCGGCUACGCCAUCUCGUGGCUCUACAUAUUGGGCGAUGUUUCAUUUGCUGCGUGGGUCACCAAGAUGAAAGCCGAGGGCCGAUACGAGCCCGGCUUGAAACCAUGGGACACUAGACCUAAAGCUGAUCCAUUAGCUGCUGAGACCUUUUUGCAGACCCAUAACCCAGUCGAUACUGAUUGGAAGUUGGUGGCGUUGAAAAGAGGCAUUUUCCAAAGUAUCGCGUCGAUGGGGUUGCCUGCGUUCACGAUCCAUUCCGCGGUGCGCUACUCGUCGAUAUUGUUCAAGAAUUCUACGGUGCACGCGUUAAAGACUUAUGGGCCUGUUGCUAUUGGGUUGGGCAUUGUUCCUGCUUUGCCUUAUGUGUUUGAUGAACCUGUGGAGCAUGUCGUUGAUUGGGCUUUCGAUAAGGGCCUCGAGGCUUACAAUAAGAGUAAGAAACUAGAAUAA